CUCUCCAGUUCAUCAUUCUCUGCCGUCUCAUGCCUAAGUGCAAGCGGCUUCCCCUACAGAGCCAAUUGUCACCUUGCCAGUGGGUGCUGGAGCACAGUUCUCGCCACCUGCCACGGGCAAAUGAAUUUAAAACUUGCUGAAAGGAAAAAUAUGGGGCAGAUGUAUGCCAGCCUCCAGCUGCUGCAAAGCAAGUGUGGCUGCCUUCAAGCCACCAUCUAACCCACCCUUCCGAGUAUUUAUUUAUUUACUUGCUCUGCAGCCAGGGAGAGGUCACAGCAGAGCCAUUGCAGGAAUCCCCACAGUGAGAGAGGCUGUAGCUUUUCCUUGUUAACUGAUGUGACUGAAGGGUGGGUUAGAGGGUUCUUUUCAAGGGUGAAGAUUUCUCAUUUGUAAAAUGAGAGCCCCCAAGCCUUCUUGUAGCUCAUCACCUCUAAUGUCGUCAUGGAGCCUUGGGCAGGGAGGCUGUGUUCGUUUUCAAACUAUCACCAAUUUUUAGUAGCUUACAACAUUACCCAUUUAAUGUCUCACAGUUUCCCCCAGUCAGGAAUGUGGGCAGGGCUUAGCUCCAUGGUCUCCUCAGGCUAUGAACCAGGUGUCCGAGCUGUAGUCUCAUCUGGAGGCUCGCCUGGGGGAAGAUCCACUUUCAGAUUCCCUCAAGUUGUUGGCAGAAUCCAUCUCCAGAGGCCCUCUCUCAGCAUGGUUCAAAACCAGUAAAGGGAAUCCCCACCUCCAGUCUGCAGAAAUGGAGUCUUUUAUAAGGCGUGUCCAUGCUGCGACAGGGACCCGGGCUGUAACCGGCGCUGCAGAAGGCCCCGCGUGGCUGUAACCGCACCAAGGCCUCUUCGACCUCCUGCUCCUCCCACAGCCGCUGCUGACGCCAUCUGAGAAAAAUGGUGUGACAGUUCCCAUCGGCAGGAUUGUCGGCAACACACGACCUCUGGGAAGAAAGUGGCCCUUUCCCCCUUUUGCAAGAGAGACAUUCUCGGAUUCCAAGAUGCCAGCCAAGACCCCAAUUUACCUGAAAGCUGCCAACAACAAGAAAGGAAAGAAAUUUAAACUGAGGGACAUCCUGUCUCCUGACAUGAUCAGCCCGCCCCUCGGGGACUUCCGCCACACCAUCCACAUCGGCAAAGAGGGCCAGCACGACGUGUUCGGGGACAUUUCCUUUCUCCAAGGGAACUAUGAGCUUUUACCUGGCAACCAGGAGAAGGCGCCGCUGGGCCAGCUGCCCGGGCACAGCGAGUUCUUCAGGGCCAACAGCACCUCCGACUCCGUGUUCACCGAGACGCCCUCCCCCGUGCUCAAAAACGCCAUCUCCCUCCCCACCAUCGGCGGGUCCCAGGCGCUCAUGCUGCCCUUACUGUCCCCGGUGACGUUUCCUUCCAAGCAGGAGCCCUUGGGGCCGGCCAGGCUGCCCCGGCUGAACUGCGCGCCCGUCGCGGAGGAAAAGGCCCCGGAGAAAGGCAGCCUGCUGGGGAGCGGGGCGGCCCGCCAGGGGGACGGCUCGUGGGGCUCCAGCGGCUCCGCGUCCGCGUCGCAGUCCAGCCAGGGCCGGGACAGCCACUCCUCCAGCCUCUCCGAACAGUACCCCGACUGGCCGGCCGAGGACCUGUUUGACCACCCGGCCCCGUGCGAGCUGGUCAAGGGAAAGACUAAGUCGGAGGAGUCCCUGUCCGAUCUCACGGGCUCCCUGCUGUCCCUGCAGCUCGACCUGGGGCCCUCGUUUCUGGAUGAGGUGCUGAAUGUCAUGGAUAAAAACAAGUAACAGUCCAGCAACGCCUUUGGGAUAAAAGGUAUCAGAAAACACCAACAAUAAAACAACAACAACAAACCACAGUCAAAAGAAGAGCUUCACGGGCUAUAUUUGCAGUUAUGUGAUGGGUUUUCUAAAAGAAUGUCCCUACAAAGUAUUUUUUUACUUGUUAUGCCCUGUUUGCAAAAAACAGUUAAAAACACCCAAAAACAUGUCCUGGGAAGAGAGGAAGUGAGUCGGCGAGAACCCGUUUCAGCAGCGUGGCUGAUGUUCAGCUCACACGUGUUUGUAGACACACAGGAGCCUGCCUCGGCCAGGAAGGCGCUAGUACGGAGGCCUGCACCCGCCCCGCGAGGACCUUGCCAAUACUCUGGCAUUUUCUGAGCAAGAGGAAGUCAACAUUUAUUUAACGCCUAAGCCUUUUUCUAAGACUCUUUUCUAUAUUACGUUGUUUGGGAUCACCAUAGCAGAUUCUUCAGUGUUAAAAUUUUGCUCUGUUUUCACAUCUGAACAACUUUAUGGGUUUGGGGGAUUUUCUUGUAGCUCUUAUAUAUCCCUAUAUAUUAUGUUGAUACUGCAGAAUUUUGACUGUCAGCUACAUGUUGGUAAGACACAGGCAAAGUAUUACUGUAACUAAGUUAUUUUUAAAGUUAAAAUAUAUUUUUAUGUGCCUUUGGCUUUUUAUUGCAGAGUCUGCCUUUUAUAGAUACUACAUUGAAUGCUGUCACUGACUCGUUUCCAUUGUAAGCUGUGUAUGUGUUUGUUUGGAAAAGUGUAUUCAUACUUUAGCUUUAUUUUCUUUUUCCUUCCCCUGUUAAACCUUUCAUAGCAGCCAGCAAUGGAUUGUCGAGUGUAAAGACACAGGUUACUCAUGACGCUUCUGCAGAGACUGUGGGCUACACCAUGUAAUGUUCUUUGGAAAUAUGGGUCUUUAGUACAGUACAUACUUGCAUUACAUAGGUACUUCAUACAACGCAAUAAAGAGUAAAUGUUAAAAAUGAACUUGCAUGAUUAUAGUAAUAAACAAAAAACAAA